GUCCCACGCCCAUCGAGCAGGCAUCACCAUGGCUAAGAAUUUCCUGAUUCUCACACUGGCUGUAGCCAGCGUGCUGGCAGAACCGCCAGUCAGCAGCCAGUACCUGCCUCCUGGAGGAAACGGCGGCAUCUCCACGCAGUACGGUGCUCCAAACGGCGGUGCCAACGGGUUUGGCCGAACGAAUGGCCUGUCGACCAGAUAUGGUGCUCCCAAUGGGAACGGAUUCGGCGGACGCAACGGAAUUUCCUCUCAGUAUGGAGCUCCUGGUGCCAAUGGAUUUGGAAGGACCAACGGAGGACUCUCCUCCUUGUAUGGGGCACCUAAUGGAGUCUUUGGUGGAGGUAAUGGCCUGUCCAAUGGCUUUGGCAGAACAAACGGUGCUCUGUCCACCCAGUAUGGAGUCCCGAAUGGUGGUGCCCUGAACGGAGGUUUCGGAAGAUCCAAUGGCAUAUCCACUCAGUAUGGAGCUCCCAAUGGAAAUGGAUUUGGAAGGGUUAAUGGAGCGUCAAACGGACUUGGAGGCAGAAACGGUCUUUCGAGACAGUAUGGCGCACCCAAUGGAGGAGCAAACGGCUUCAACGGGGCUAGGACCCCUUCUUCUGUGUACGGCGCUCCCAACGGUAACGGUUUCGGCAGUAUGAACGGGCUAUCAACACGGUAUGGCGCCCCGAACGGUGGAGCAGCGAACGGCUUCGGUGGAGGAAACGGCGGCCUGUCUACCCAGUACGGUGCCCCCAAUGGAGGCGCAGGGGCCAAUGGCUUCGGCGCUGCUUCUCCAGUGUACGGAGUCCCUGGUGCAGCUGGUUAUGGCCUAGGAGGUGCCUCCCAGGACGAUCUCUCUGAACCAGCUAACUACGAUUUCAACUACUCUGUGGAGGAUGCGCAAACAGGUGCUGAGUUCGGCCACGAGGAGUCGCGACAGGACGAGAGCGCCCAGGGCCAGUACCACGUGCUGCUGCCAGAUGGCCGCAGGCAGGUGGUCGACUACGAGGCUGACGAAGGCGGCUACAGGCCGACCAUCAACUACGAAGAGACGGGUCGUGGCAACGGAGGCUACGCCAACGGGGGUUACGCUAACGGUGGAAACGGUGGCUAUCCCAGCAGCAACGGUGGCUACUCCAACGGAAACGGUGGCUACGCGAACGGCAACGGUGGCUACUCCAACGGCAACGGUGGCUACUCCAACGGCAACGGUGGCUACGCGAACGGCAACGGCGGCUACUCUGGAGCUAAUGGUGGCUAUGCCAAUGGCAGUCGCAAUGGAAAUGGAAAUGGUGGAUACCCGAGGGGCAAUGGUGGCUACUCCAAUGGAAAUGGCCCUUAUUAAGUUCCGAUGAAACAGGAAUCGAUUAUGGCAUUGUAUGUUCAAUGUUCUUUUUUCUGUAAAUAUCCAAUGUAGAGCCAUGUGAAUGUACAACAAUUGUGUAAA